AUGGCGGAAUACCCAGUUGCCUACAAUGGAACCAUCGCCACUGGCGGUGACUCGCUCCAUGACGAUCUGAACAUCUAUUACAGUUCUGGUGAUAUCGGAUGGGUUAUCAUCUCGUCAGCCUUGGUGCUGCUGAUGAUUCCUGGUGUUGGAUUCUUCUACUCUGGCCUUGCUCGUCGAAAGUCGGCACUCUCCCUGAUAUGGCUGUCCAUCAUGUCGGUCGGCGUGGUAUCAUUCCAAUGGUUCUUCUGGGGAUAUUCACUGGCCUUCUCCCACUCAGCCGGUGCAUACAUCGGCAACCUUGAUAACUUCGGCUUCAAGGGCGUGCUCGCUGCACCCUCAGUGGGCAGUGACAAGGUUCCUGACCUCCUUUUCGCUAUCUUCCAGGGAAUGUUCGCUGCUAUUACGGUUGCCCUCGCCGUUGGUGCCGUUGCUGAGCGUGGCCGCAUGCUCCCCUGUAUCGUAUUCAUGUUCAUCUGGACCACAAUCAUCUACGACCCCAUUGCCUGCUGGACAUGGAACUCGUCGGGCUGGGUCUUCAAGCUUGGAGGACUCGACUUUGCCGGUGGUACCCCCGUCCACAUCGCUUCCGGAUCUGCUGCCCUAGCCUACUCCCUGAUGCUGGGCAAGCGUCGUGGCCACGGUACCCACGAGCUGAACUACCGACCCCACAACGUUACCCACGUCGUUAUCGGCACAGUCUUCCUGUGGGUCGGCUGGUUUGGUUUCAAUGCUGGCUCCGCUCUUGCCGCUAACAUGCGUGCCGUCAUGGCUGCUGUCGUCACUAACCUCGCUGCUUCUGUCGGAGGUGUGACCUGGUGUCUGCUGGACUACAGACUGGAGCGUAAGUGGUCUACUGUUGGCUUCUGCUCAGGUGUGAUUGCUGGUCUUGUCGCUAUCACUCCUGGUUCUGGAUUUGUCACUCCGUGGGCUGCUUUCAUCUUCGGUGUCGUGGGUGCCAUUUCUUGCAACUAUGCCACCAAGCUCAAGUUCCUCAUUGGUGUUGAUGAUGCUCUGGAUAUCUUUGCCGUCCACACUGUUGGUGGUCUGGUUGGAAACCUUCUGACCGGUCUCUUUGCCGCUGAUUACAUAGCUCACCUCGACGGUGUCACCGAAAUUGACGGCGGCUGGAUCAACCACAACUACAUUCAACUCGGAUACCAGCUUGCUGAUUCCGUGACUGGAUUCGCCUACUCCUUCUUCGGAACAUGCAUUAUCUUGUUCCUCAUGAACCUCAUUCCCGGUCUCAGUCUUCGUGCUCCCGAGGAAGAUGAGAUCAUGGGUAUUGACGACGCUGAGAUUGGCGAGUUUGCUUACGACUACGUCGAAUUGACUCGCGACAUCAUCAAUGGCACCGAAUCCAGCGAGGCUGGGUCCAAGCGGACCAUGACACCCACUGGCGAGACAACGGUUGACACCAAGGCAUGA